AUUGUUCAAGCAGUAGUGGGAAGAUGGAGCUGGAUGGCCUUCAUGUUAUGAGAUGCUAUGGCUCGCAUCUUCACACUGCGUGUGUGUGUGUGUGUGUGUGCGUGUGUGUAACUGUGUGGGGGGCAGCAGGAGGACAGAAAGAGAACGAAGGGGGAGAGAGAGACAGAGACAGAAACAAAGAGGGCGGACGCAGUGCAGUAAGAGCAGAUGGGCGGACCCAAAUUUCUUCUGCUUCACGAUUUUGCGGAGGUCCAGCCCUGCAUCCAGCCUUGAAACACGGGGUGGGGAGGAGGCGGAAAGGGGAGGGACUGCACUCCGUCUGAGCGUGCUAGCCCCGAUUGCCUGACGGAUCACCCUUCCGCUCCAACACUGCUAGUUCCUCAACGCCGUGACUCAAGCCUAUUGUGCCAGGCGGGGCGCACUCAGCAGCGCAGCCCCACAGGUGGCGACGGCUCGGCGAGAGGGUUCCCGCCAGGCUAGGCAGUGGAGUGCCGCACAGCGCGCCUUCCCGCCUCGCAGCCGCCACCCUAGCGGUUCCGACCCGGCGCCAGCAGGCCUGCUUGGUCGAUCUUCGAGCCAAAGAUGCGGCGAGGCUGGAAGAUGGCUCUGUCUGGGGGGCUGCGGUGCUGCCGCCGGGUACUGUCCUGGGUGCCAGUGCUCGUUAUUGUCCUCGUCGUGCUCUGGUCCUACUAUGCCUACGUCUUUGAACUCUGCCUGGUGACUGUUUUGAGCCCAGCAGAAAAAGUUAUUUACCUCAUACUCUACCAUGCCAUCUUUGUGUUCUUUACCUGGACCUACUGGAAGUCUAUCUUUACACUCCCACAGCAGCCAAACCAGAAGUUCCACUUGUCCUACACAGACAAGGAGCGCUAUGAAAAUGAAGAGAGACCUGAGGUCCAGAAGCAGAUGCUUGUUGAUAUGGCCAAAAAGCUACCGGUUUACACAAGAACUGGAAGUGGAGGUCCUCAAAGGAUUGGAUGAGGCCCACCUGCAUUGGAGAAGACAGUCGGCUUUGCACAGUCUAGAUUUCAAUGCUAAUCUCACCCAAAAACACCUUCACAGAGACACCUAGAAAUAAUAUUUAACCAAAUAUCUAGGUACCCCAUGACCCGGUAAAGUUGACACACAAAAUUAACUAUC